AUGGGAAGGGUUAAUGGUAGGGGUUUACCCAAGUCCCUAAUUAGUGAGAGACCUCGGCCUAGACUGCUGGAUGAAGACAGGCCUCGCCUCAGGCCUGAGAUGAUGGGCAACAUGCCCAUGCAGAAGAUCUUCAUGACCAAUGAGAACCAGGAGCAGGUGAAAGAGCUGCUGAGAGAGCUGCAGACCCAGGACUACGACGACGAGCCCUAUGAGUGAGUGUUCUCAAAACAUACUGUGAGAGACUGUAUACUGGGGUGCCUUCAGAACACUGGGGUGCCUUCAGAACACUGGGGUGCCUUCAGAACACUGGGGUGCCUUCAGAACACUGGGGUGCCUUCAGAACACUGGGCUGCCUUCAGAACACUGGGCUGCCUUCAGAACACUGGGCUGCCUUCAGAACACUGGGCUGCCUUCAGAACACUGGGGUGCCUUUAGAACACUGGGGGACUGUAUAAUAUUAGAAUAAUUGGUUUGUGUUCAGGGAUGGUGUUUUCUUCUCUGCAGAGAUUUGUUUAGUUGCACUGGGAUGUAUCAGGCGUCACUCACCUUGACCUGAACGGACUAAUAACAUCACAUGAUCUUAACCCACCUGUCCUUUCUCAGUGAAGAAGAGGAGUACGAUGAAGAGGAGGAGUAUGAUGAGCUGGAUUACCGGGCAGAAGGGCAGUUCUGGAACACCCAUGAUGAGCCUGUUGAGAGUGCAGAGAGCCCCGUCUAUGAUCCUGACUCUGAGGAUGAACGGCGGCCCACUCCCGAGCCAGUCAUAGGACUGUUUGCCAUAGGAAAGCUCUGCAGGUAUCAAUAGCACUUAGAUUCAGACUUAACCGUCUGUACCCACCUCAGCUCUAAUGAUGUCAGGAUGGGAUAUUUAGUGACACGUUUAAAUUGUUUAGGAAGGGGGUUGCUUCCAGUCGUUUUGAUGAAUGUGUCAUGUGCUUUGUCUUGAUGUGUCAUUUCUAACCCCCCUCUCUCUGCGUUGUGUGUAGGUAUGGUUUCGACCGGGAGCGCAGCAAGCAGGCCCUGGAGACAGGUGUUGGGGAGGUGGGAGCCACCAUGGAACAGCUGCUCCUCCAGGUCUUCUCCGAGCGCUACGGCCCCAAAGCAGUCUCCCCCGAUGGCCUCCAGGGGGCACCCAUGGACGAGUGCCUCACCCAGAGACAGGAGGAGGCCCUGGCCCUCACCGCCAUCUACGGCGACCGCUUCACCGAGCGCAUCGCCAACAGCGUGUGGACUGUCACUUUGGACCCCGACUUCCUGGCCGACAUUGCGGGAGGAAAACAGAAAGCAUCCGCUCGCACCGUCAGCCCCGUUCACAUUAUGGGCGUCUGCAGCUUCUACCUAAAGGGUGCCGGCUGCAAGUUUGGAGCCAAGUGCAAGUAUAAGCACCAGAUUCCCACCAAGGGGACAGCUUCGGGCCCUCAAGACCCUGUGGGAGCCAGCCAACCUGGGUUCAGCAGCUACUCCUCUCCAGAGUACGAGCUGGAGGUCCGCUUCCCCAAAGGGAACCGCUAUCCCUUCCAGGCCCCUGUCGUGGCCUUCAGCACUAACGAUGAGACAAUAGGGGCCGCAGCGAGGCUGAGUGUCACCGAGUAUCUUUUUGGGGAGGCCUUGGCUGCAGCGAAGGAGGGGGAGCCCGUGGUCUACACCCUGAUCACAUGCUGCGAGGACGAGGCCACCAUGAAGGAGCUGCUGUCAGUCACCCAUCAUAAAUACAGCUCCCUGCCCCCUGUGGUAGUGGCUCCACCCCCCGCUGCUGUUGCCAUGACGAAGAGCAAGAGUGGGAGGAGCAACACGGCAUCACACGUGGAAAGCAAGAGUAGUACGAACACCAACAGAACUGCCCCAACUAACAACAGCACCGACAACUGCAGAACUGCCCCAACUAACAACAGCACCGCCAACAGCAGACCUGCCCCAACAAACAGCACCGCCAACAGCAGACCUGCCCCAACUAACAACAGCACCAGAACUAUUCCCACUAACAACAGAACCAGCAGCCACAUCACACAGCAGGCCACAGAAGACUUGGAGGAGGAGGAGGAGGAGGAGGAGGAGGAGGAAGAAGUGGUUGUUCCUGAGACCGAGAGCUAUGUCAACCUGAGGAAGAAGAUGGUGAAGAGGCAUGAAGAGAGGUCAGAGAGCCGGCAACAGGAGAACGCCAAACUGUGUCGAGAGUUCAGGACAAAACAGGUAGAGUAGAGAACGUACUUCCUUCUGGGCUGUUACCACAUUACAGGAGGGACAUUUAAACAGCCUGUAUUAUGCUAUUUAGCUCCAUCAAUUGGUGGUAUGGGAGACUUGUGAUUUAUCAGUCCUGUCCAAUACUAGUCAUGCCCAUAACUGUACGCCUAAAAACAUGUAGUCAUGAAAAAGCUCUCUCCCUAAUGAUGAUAUGUGAAUGUCUGUUCUGUUUGCUCCAUCUAAUCCUCGGUUACUGUUCCUUUCUCUGCCAGUCAUCCAGGCGCUUCACCUCCAUGCUGCAGCAGAGAAAGAAGCUGCCUGCCUGGAAUGAGAAGGAGAACAUCCUGGACCUGCUGGACAACUGCCAGGUGCUUGUGGUCAGUGGCAUGACUGGGUGAGUCAGAGAGACAUGCCUGAGUACACUGCAGCGCAGCACACUGUGGCCACUAUGGAAUGUUUCUACCACCAUUUACAAUAUUUGCAUAAUUUCUUUGCCUUUGCAUCAUCAAUCUGGAAAGUAAAAUCUAGUAAUUAGUUAUAGACAAUUGUUUGUGUGGAAUGCCACAGAUGUUACUAGAGAUGUUGCAUUUUGCUGUGUUCUAUGUUUGUUCUAUAUUUAACUUGGUGUUAAUAUCUGGUGUCUUUGUGGUGGUCUUCUACAGGUGUGGUAAGACCACCCAGAUCCCUCAGUUCAUUCUGGAUGCAUCUCUGAGUGGGCCUGCAAACCAGGUGGCUAACAUCAUAUGUACCCAGCCCCGCCGUAUCUCUGCCAUCUCCGUGGCGGAGAGGGUGGCACAGGAGCGGGCAGAACGCCUUGGUAACUCAGUGGGCUACCAGAUCCGCCUGGAGACCGUCAGGGUCAGUGGAACUCAAUGCUGUACACAUGCUCCCAUGCAUAACCUUGCAUUCUAAUUAAAGCUGUUGUUGAACUUGAAUUACACUUGUUCCCUCUCUCCCAUAUUCCCUCCCUCUCUCCCAUAUUCCCGCCACCUACCCCCCCACCCCCUCUCCCUCUUCUUCUCCCCCUACUUCCCUCACCUCUUCGUCCCCUACUUCCUUCCUUCUCCUGCUCUUCCUCCCCUACUUUCCUUCCCUCCUCUCCCCCCUCCCUACUUCCUUCUCCCCCUCUCUCCCACUUCCUCCUCUCUCCCUAUUCCCUCUACCUACCACCUUCUCUCACCCCCUCCUCUCCCUCCUCCUCGCCUCUCCCCUACUCCCCCUCCCUCUCUCCCACUUCCUUCCCUCCCUCUCUCCCAUAUUCCCUCUACCUACCACCCUCUCUCCCCCCCUCUCUCCCCUCCUCUCUCUCGCUCUUUCUCCCCCUACUUCCCUCCCUCUCUCCUCCCUUCCCUCCCUCCACUCUCCUCCUCCUCCCUAUUCCCUCUACCUAGCCACCCUCCUCCCCCCCCUCUCCCACUCUCUCUCCUUCGCUCUUCUCCCCCUACUUCCCUCCCUCUCUCCCUACUCCUUCCUUCCUCCCUCUCCCCUCCUCUUCUCCCCUCUCCUACUUCCUUCCUUCCUCCCCCCCUCUCCCUACUUCCUUCCUCUCCCUCUCCCCUCUUCCUCCUUCCCUCCCCCUCUCUGUAUUCCCCUCUCCACUUCCUUCUUCCCCUCUCUCCCUACUUCCUUCCUUCCCUCCCCCUCUCCCUACUUCCUUCCUUCCCUCCCCCUCUCCCUACUUCCUUCCUUCCCUCCCCCUCCCCCUCCUCCUCUUCCUCUCUUCCCUCUCCCCUCCUUCCUUCCUUCCCUCUCCCUCUUCCUUCCUUCCUCCUCCUCCUUUCCUUCCUUCCCUCCCCUCUCCCUUCCUUUCCUUCCUCCCCUUCCUCCUCUCUCUUUCCUUCCUUCCCUCCCCCUCUCCUCCUCCUUCCGUCUUCCUCUCCAUCCCCUCCUCCGUCUUCUCUCCUCGCUAUGCCUUUCCUUCUAUCCUUCCAUCUUUCCCUCUUCCUUCCUCCCCUCCCUCCGCCAACUCUCCCUCGCGCUCUCCUCCGCUCUCCCACUUCCCCUGCCCUCCCCUCGAUCCUUCCUCUCCCUCUCCUCCUUCCUUCUCCCUCCUCUCCCUCCUGCCUCCUUCCUCCGCCCCGCUCGCCUGCCUUCCCCCCUGCCCUCCCCUCUCCUUCCUCCCCCCCCCCUUCCGCUUCCUCCUGUUCCUCCCUCCCCUCACACCUUCCUUCCUCUCCCUUCCCUCCCCCCUCCUCACCGUCCUUCCUCCCUCGUCUCCCUCCUAUCCGUCGCCCUCUCCUUCCUCCUCCCUCAUCCGUCCCUCGCCUCACUUCCUUCCCGUCCCCUCCGUACUGCCAUCUCCCCUCCGCUCUCUCCUUCCUUCCCUCCCUCUCUCCCAACUCUCGCUCCUUCUUCCCAUCCCCUCUCCCUCCUCUGUACGUUCCCUCCUCCCCUCCCACUCCGUCCGCCCCCCUAAAUGGGGAUGCCUAGGGCCUCCCGCCCGAAGAAACUCCUCCCUAAUCCUCCUUCCCUCCCUCCUCUCGCCGCUCUUCCGCCCCCGUGCUCCGGCAACACGCCUUCCUCUUCCCUCCCCCGUCCGUCCCCGCCACCCUCCUUCGCGUCCCUACUUCCUCCGUCCUGCGGCACCAGGGCUGGACGCACCACAGGAGUUCUACUGAGGAGGCUGGAGGGGGAGGCAGACCUCACGGGGAUCUCUCAUGUCAUAGUGGACGAGGUGCAUGAGCGCACAGAGGAGAGGUGAGAAAUCACACACAUACACACUGUGAGAUACUCAUUAGUAUGUAUUAGCAUGUAAGUCAACAGCAUACAGACUCGCUCACUAUCAUGCCAGUAGACCCCAUGCUUUUGAACACUCUGUCUCAAUCUUUCUCGCUCUCUCACUCUCUCUCCAUCCCUCUCCCUCAGUGACUUCCUCCUGCUGGUGUUGAAGGAUCUGAUGGUCCAGAGACCAGACCUGAAGAUCAUCCUGAUGAGUGCCACCCUCAACGCUGACCUCUUCUCCCAGUACUACAAUAACUGUAACACCAUCCACAUACCAGGUACUGAUACACACCAUCUACCCCAGCACACACCAUCCACAUAGCAGGUACUGAUACACACCAUCUACCCCAGCACACACCAUCCACAUAGCAGGUACUGAUACACACCAUCUACCCCAGCACACACCAUCCACAUAGCAGGUACUGAUACACACCAUCUACCCCAGCACACACCAUCCAUAUAGCAGGUACUGAUACACACCAUCUACCCCAGCACACACCAUCCACAUAGCAGGUACUGAUACACACCAUCUACCCCAGCACACACCAUCCAUAUACCAGGUACUGAUACACACCAUCUACCCCAGCACACACCAUCCACAUAGCAGGUACUGAUACACACCAUCUACCCCAGCACACACCAUCCACAUAGCAGGUACUGAUACACACCAUCUACCCCAGCACACACCAUCCAUAUACCAGGUACUGAUACACACCAUCUACCCCAGCACACACCAUCCACAUAGCAGGUACUGAUACACACCAUCUACCCCAGCACACACCAUCCACAUAGCAGGUACUGAUACACACCAUCUACCCCAGCACACACCAUCCACAUAGCAGGUACUGAUACACACCAUCUACCCCAGCACACACCAUCCACAUAGCAGGUACUGAUACACACCAUCUACCCCAGCACACAUCCUUCAAGCCUCUUAGCGUAUUUAGGGCAAGGUGAAUAACAAAGUGUAUAGUUAGACCAGUCAGCAGUUACGUCACGAUGAUCUCUUGUGUUUUCCAGGACGCACUUUCCCCGUCGACCAGUUUUUCCUGGAAGAUGCAAUUGCCAAAACCCGGUAAAUAUCACACUCCCAAACCUGAAUUAUUUUACCAUAAACAAAACAAGGAAUUGUUUCUGUUCUUCAGGUUUGUUUGACCUGUACUCUCUCAUCCCAGGUAUGUGAUUGAGGAUGGCAGUCCGUUCAUGCGCUCGGGCAUGGGGAAGGACAAGUCCUCAUCAGGGGGCAGGGGGGGCAGAGGGGGGACCAAAGACCCCGUGGACCAGCUGGGAGACGACAUGUGGUCCUUCAUGAACCUCCAGAAGAAAGACUUCAUUAAAGACUCCAUCCCUGACCAGCAGCUCAGCCUGCAGGAACUCACAGUCCGAUACAAAGGUAAGGCUUCUGUUUAUAAUUCCUGUCCCCUCUGCCUUGUACACCUGUCCCCUCUGCCUUGUACACCUGUCCCCUCUGCCUUGUACACCUGUCCCCUCUGCCUUGUACACCUGUCCCCUCUGCCUUGUACACCUGUCCCCUCUGCCUUGUACACCUGUCCCCUCUGCCUUGUACACCUGUCCCCUCUGCCAUGUACACCUGUCCCCUCUGCCAAGUACACCUGUCCCCUCUGCCAAGUACACCUGUCUCCUCUGCCAUGUACACCUGUCCCCUCUGCCAUGUACACCUGUCCCCUCUGCCAUGUACACCUGUCCCCUCUGCCAUGUACACCUGUCCCCUCUACUAAGUACACCACACUGUCUGAAAUGGCACCCUAUUCCCUAUAUAGUGCACUGCUACUUUUUCUGUCUGGGAGGAGAAAGUUAAUCAGGAUGUUUUUGUUUGUUUAAAGACACCAAGAAGUCUGUCUUGAAGACCAUCUCUGCCAUGGACCUGGAUAAGAUCAACAUGGACCUGGUGGAGAGUGUACUGGAGUAUAUUGUGGAUGGAGACCACAGCUACCCUCCAGGUGAGAGAGCACUACAGACAGAAUGAUUACUAGGAAUGGAUAGUCGCACAGUAAAGGUGUAGCAAUAUGAUUUCACUUUAGGUAACACUUUACCUGAAGUUAUGCUGUACCCGUGUGUUAACACUAACAACAACAUCUCCUUCCCUGUCCUGCUCUGUCUAGGUGCUGUGUUGGUGUUCAUGCCGGGCCUGGCUGAGAUCAAGACGCUGUAUGAGCAGCUCCAGUCCAACAGGAUGUUCAACAACCGGAACAGAGCCAGGUAAGGAAAUAAAUGGACCACUGUACUGGAUGAGUUUGCAAGAUUAUGAUUUAUAUGUGGUUGUGAUGGGAUUAGUUUUUCUACAGGUGUGUUUGUGGUACAGCUGUAGGUGGGUUAUGUUUGUUGUGGAUAUAGUUGUGUGUGUGUGUGUGUGUAUAUAUUAAAGUGUGUGUCCCCAGGUGUGUGGUGUAUCCGCUCCACUCGUCCCUGUCUAACGAGGAGCAGCAGGCUGUGUUCAAGCGGCCACCAGAGGGCGUCACCAAGAUCAUCAUCUCCACCAACAUCGCUGAGACCUCCGUCACCAUCGACGACGUGGUCUACGUGGUGGACUCGGGCAAGAUGAAGGAGAAGAGGUACUGUAACCUCUGACCUCUAAACCAUCUGUCUUUGCAGACGGGGAUGUGUUCCAACACGCUCAACUGGUUUCCUUCAGUCAAAUUCUAAUAAGAGCAUGUUAGAUAAGUGCAAACUCUGUUAAUGGGUACAACUCAUAUAUUUUCUAUAUGAACCUGUUGUAAGGAGAGGACCAAAUCCUUGAUCAUGGUGCCUAUGAGGCUGCUAAUAAAUAAAAAACACAUUGGACCAGAUGGUAUGUGAGUGUUAUUUCGCUGACUCGGUCUGUCCCCUCAGUUACGAUGCCUCUAAGAGCAUGGAGAGCCUGGAGGAGUCGUGGGUGUCCCGUGCCAACGCCCUGCAGAGGAGAGGGCGAGCGGGUCGCGUGGCCUCAGGGGUCUGCUUCCAUCUCUUCACCAGCCACUGUUUCCAACACCAGCUGGCUGAGCAGCAGCUGCCAGAGAUCCAGAGAGUCCCCUUGGAGCAGCUCUGCCUCAGGUAAACAGAGCAGAACACGAUUCAUGUCCCCUAACUACAGCACUGUGGCGCUCUCAAGUGACCAAUUAGUGUGAUUUACUCAUGUCUCUCAUAGGCUAGAUGAAGAUCAUUAUUUAACCACUGACAGUCAUUCAUUUGAACCUUCCCUGGAUUUUCAAUGUAGAAACUCAUGAUGUGUUGUCACCAAUGCAAACAUUAUAUUUCCCAACUGCCCCCUUUCUCCAACUCCAUCUCUGUCUUCAUCCCCAGGAUUAAGAUCCUGGAUGUGUUUGCGGAGCGACCGUUGGAGUCUGUGUUCUCCCGGCUCAUCGAGCCCCCAGCCAUGGGCAGUCUGGACGCGGCCAAGCAGCGUCUGCAGGACCUGGGGGCUCUGACGGCCGACCAGAAGCUCACCCCUCUGGGCUAUCACCUGGCCUGUCUGCCUGUGGACGUCCGCAUUGGCAAACUCAUGCUGUUUGGUGCAAUCUUUCGCUGCCUGGACCCUGCCCUCACCAUCGCUGCCAGCCUGGCCUUCAAAUCCCCCUUCGUAAGGCACCUCUUACUACCGUCUGCGGCUCUGAGUCGACCAAUGGCCUUGGGAAUGAGUAGAAACGUUAACUGAAAAGAAAAUAAUUAAGAAUUGUCACUGUGAAGUAUGAACUCCUGUGAUUCACUCUGUCACAAGUCUCUCCUGUGUUCUCACCCCUCUCCUGUUCUCACCCCUCCUUCCUCUCCUCUCCUGCGGUGUGUUCUUCCUGUGGCCAGGUGUCUCCUUGGGAUAAGAGGGAGGAGGCCAAUGAGAAGAAGCUGAAUUACGCCCUGGCCAACAGUGACCAUCUGGCCCUGCUGCAGGCAUACAAGGUAUUGUACUGUACAUACUGGAUAGAGCUGAACCUCUCCACUGUGUAUCCUCUAACCAUGUCAUCAAUAUUGACACGCCAUAAAACUCACUCAAUACUGAAAUGUUAGCUGAACCAGCUAGGGAAAAAUUGCAUUUGCCUUGAGAAACAGAUUAAUAGGUUCUGAGUGGCAAUGCAAAAUGUAGAACCAUCUAAAAAACAGAGUAGAUAUACAGACGAUCUGCAGUGGAUAUGUGACUGUCUAAUGUAAUGUGUGUUGCUGUUGCGCAGGGCUGGUGCAGUGCAGCCAAAAACGGGAAUCAGGCUGGGUUUCAGUACUGCAGAGAGAACUUCCUGUCUGGCCGGGGCUUACAGGUGAGAUACUGUUCUGUGGCAUCGUCUCCUGACAGGUGGCAUUAAUACCAUGUUGUAUUGUAUUGAGAUGUGCUUUGUGGUGUGCAGGAGAUAGCCAGUCUAAAGAGGCAGUUUACAGAGCUGCUGUCUGACAUUGGCUUUGUCAAGGAGGGACUGAAGGCCAGAGUCAUCGAGAGAAUGUCUGCCAAAGGGACUGAUGGUAUCAUGGAGACCACGGGCCGCGAGGUAGGAUGUUUUAUUGAGAAACAUAUAUCGAAGAAAUCUCAAUUUUAUAUAUAUCCUGCAUUGCUAUAUGAAAUCUGUUCAUAAAUAAUAAUUUCACCUUUUUAUCUCCUCCACAGGCCAACCUCAACUCUGACAACAUCAGGCUGAUAUCUGCCAUGCUCUGUGCUGCCCUGUAUCCCAAUGUAGUACAGGUGAGUGUUUACCCAUUCAGCAUGAUCAACAGCUCAAUACUUGUAUAAUGUGUGUACCUGAGCUAAGCCACUGUUUCCCUGUGCUAGGUGAGGUCUCCUCAUGAGAAGUUCAAGCAGACCAGUAAAGGGGCGGUGAAGAUGCAACCCAAAGCAGACGAGCUGCGCUACAUGACCAAGAAUGACGGCUGUGUCCACGUACAUCCCUCCUCCGUCAACUACACGGUAACACACAACGUCAUGAAUACAGUACAGAGACAUUACCAGUACUCUUUUACAGUAACUAAACAACCACACGAUACAUACGAUGUUCGUUUUUUGGGGUCAAGUGUCUGUGGUGGUUUCAGGUGCGCCACUAUGACAGCCCCUACCUGGUGUACCAUGAGAAGGUGAAGACGAGCCGUGUGUUCAUCAGAGACUGCAGCAUGGUGUCGGUGUACCCCCUGGUGCUGUUUGGAGGGGGACAGGUCAACGUGGAGCUGCAGAAGGGAGAGUUCGUCAUCUCCCUGGACGACGGCUGGAUCCGGUUCGCUGCAGCAUCACACCAGGUCAGCUGAUUGGUUAUCACUCUCAGAAUGACGUCUCUCAGCUUGGCGACGCUUGAUGAUUAGGAUCCUGACCUGGCUACCUGGCCCCAAGUUAUAGCCUGGUCAGUUCACGUGUUCAGAGCAGGGGAAACUGGGCCAUUUAUAAUGUGUAAUAAGCUGUUUGUCAAUAAGCUCUGUGUUCCUGAUUGCAGUAUCUCCUGUGUGUGCCUGCAGGUGGCAGAGUUGGUGAAGGAGCUGCGCUGGGAGCUGGACCAGCUCCUGGAAGAGAAGAUCAGAAACCCCAGCAUGGACCUGUGUACUUGCCCUCGAGGCUCCCGUAUCAUCCACAUGAUCGUCAAGCUCAUCACCACCCAGUAAACCAUACCACCCCCUCCGUUACACACCCAGCACUCCUCCACCUCCCAGUCUUAUUGGUGGUAGCAUUGCAAUGAUACAAGUGCUGCGGAACAAGCAUACAGAAAUCACUGUUUCUGCUGUCAUAGGAAGUGCAUUAGAUUUGGCAGAGUUGAAUGUUAAAUUUGAACUGAAUUGCAAAAUGGUUACUUAACUGAAAUGAUAAUUUGCCAUUGUGUGUGUAUAUAUAUUUUGGCCACAUUUCCUGUAUAUAUGGGAAACUCAAGUUGCAUUUUAUUAUAGGUUGUGUCAUUCUUGUACACAACUAAAAAUAGCAUUUGAGUCCAUAUUGGAUUCCCGUACUGAAAAUGGUUGCACAUUUCUUAUGCUUUUGUGUGUAUUUAGAUAUAACUAAUGCAUGAUUGACUAUCAAAUGUGAAUAGAGCUCUAAGAGCUUCUGCAUAUUGUCUUUCUGUACAUUUAUAUAGAAUAAAAUGAACACGCUGAUGUGAAAGUCAUGCCAUCACUAUUAAAAGGGCUCAUUGAAAUGUAGACAAUUUGGUAAAAAGCUGCCAAAGAAUUUAUAAACAAUGUCUCAUCAGCUUCAGUGACUAACUUUAGUCUGGUGAAUAUUACAACUGAAAAUAAAA